CUUCGUCUCCUUUCAUAUCUUACUGAACAAUGCUAUUUUGAAAACAAUCAACUUUCGAAAAGCUUCCGGAAUGAACAGUCUUAUCUUGUCAUUGUUGAUGAAUAUAAAACAAAAUAAAAACAAGGAACAACGGUCUUGCAGUAUACGUCAUUUUUGUUUCAAUUUUCCGUAUUUUUUCAUAGAGCUGACCGAGCUUCAGGUUACCCAUAUUUAAGUGUUCCCUUUUUCAUUUCUGCCAUCUUUUUUUAAUUAUAAAAGUUAGAACCGAUGCAAUCCAAUAUAUUCGAUGAUCAACCUUCCGUAUUUCGCUUUCGAAACCCUUUGCGCUAUCUAUCACGUAGAGGCAGACAAAUAGGUGUUUACCUUGCAGGAGGUUUGCUAGCGAUCGGUUGGUGGAUAUUCAUCGACGCUGUAAUGAACUCUUCAAAACUCAAUGGAGAACAUCACAUGGGUUUUGAAGAUUGGUUUUCAGGCAUACUGACUACAUUUGGCAUGAUUGUGAUCAACUUGAUCGAUAAAGAGACAUUAAAACGUAAUGAUACCUAUGCUGGUGAACUAGGCAUCAUCCAGAAAGCCAGAUUAUUCCUGUUUCUUGGAUUUGCUCUGAUGGCUGGUGGAUUUGCAGGAGCUUGUUGUACGAUGAUCAUCAAGUAUAUUAUACAUUUGGAAUCAGCACAACCUUAUAUCAAUUAUGGUAUUGCCGUAGUGGCACAGAAUGGAUUAAUCAUGUCAAGUACAUUUGUAUUGUGGAUCGCUCAAAAUACACCAGUAGACACAGUAAGUACCGUACAAAUUCAUCCUACUGACUUUUUUACGUGCCAAGCGAAUGGCUAAAUCUUUUCUCUAGGAAUUUGAAUAUAACGUUCGACUAUAGCGAAGGGAAGGAUAAAAGAUAGAUAAAGAGAGGAAAGCGUCUCAAUGCCUUCAAGUAUUUUAUAGCUGGUAAAAUGAUGAAUGACAUACCAUCGAAAUGCAUCUCUGUGUAUUACAGAAAACAUACGUAUAGAAUUUUGGAACAUAGUUCCUAUAGCCAUAGUUUUAGGACAGCUCGUAUUAAAGUAGACCCAAGUUUGUCCAUUCUCCAGCUCUACUUGCUUUCUGAUGGAGUACACUUGAGCUUUUUU